AUGAACGAAGAACAGGAAAUCAACAAAAAGAGAAAGAGUAAUUGUCAAGAAUAUCAAGUUACGAAAAGGUUUGAGGAAUUCGAUGAAGAAGACAACGAUUUGCUGGCAUUAUCUUUGUCAUAUGGUUCAAAGACGACGACCAAUAAGGCACUUCCUCCGACUCCACCAGCGACGCUUCCACAGCAACAAGAACAACCCCAACAAAUAGUUUCCCAAUCUUUGUCAAUGCAAACAUUGCUUUCCCAACCCCCGACUCAAUUCCCUCUCCAGUUAUCCGCCUCCCAUCCUCUUUACAGCGUUCCUUUUGUCUCCGGAGCCUCGUCUUCUGCCACUCUUGUGUACCCCCAAGAGCCUGUCUCGUCAUCGUCUUUGUCGGUUGUCCCUGGCACAGGCACUGGCACUGGCCCUGGUCCUUCACGCCCUAUACGUGUUCGGAGGAACCCUACACAGGCCCCACGAGAAGGGAAAAGCGAGACGGUCACUCAACCGUUUCCAUGGGCCACAACCCAUCGAGCCACCGUUCAUAGCGUUAACUAUUUGUUGUCAAAACAAAUAUUUACAAUCACUGGUGAUGUUCAAUGCAAGAGAUGUGAGAGACAGUACGAGAUUGCUUAUGAUUUGAAAGGCAAGUUCGCUGAAAUUGGGACUUUUAUAGCGGAGAAAAAGAAUGCCAUGCAUGACAGGGCUCCACCUGUUUGGAUGAAUCCAGUGCUACCCAAAUGCAAGUUUUGUGAUCAGGAAAACAGUGUCAAGCCAGUGAUUUCUGACAAGAAGAAAUCAAUCAACUGGCUCUUUUUGCUUCUCGGACAAAUGCUGGGAUGCUGUACUCUUGAGCAGUUGAAGUAUUUUUGCAAGCACACCAAAAACCAUCGUACUGGUGCCAAAGAUCGCGUUCUUUACCUGACUUAUCUUGGUCUUUGCAAGCAACUAGAUCCCAAUGGCCCUUUUAACAGAUAAGCUUGAUCAUCUGAGUAUCAGCAUUCAUGAUUUGAUUGAUUUCAGGAGGAUGUAAAUUGCGGUAGCUUUCGGUGACUUUAGGACAGUUUAACUUGGUACAAUCCUGUGUUUAGGAUCUAGGC